AUGGGAAUUAGUCUAUGGGACUCGUAUCCGCCGAAAGUCUCUGAUGAUCAACUUCAGUAUCUUGCACAGACUGUAAAAGAUUGGACGAUCUUCAAUGGCUUGACGGUCCGGCCGAAUCCGUCUAUCGUCAGCGAAGAGAGUAAUCCUAAUCAUGUCCUGGCUACUAACGCUCCCGUGACAUUGUACCCUAGCCCAUUUCCAAAGCAAUGUUUCGAGCAAGCGGAGGAUCUGCAGAAGGUCUACAAUGAACUCUACGCAGCUAUUGCUACCGAUGAGGAGUGGUUGGGUGAAGUUAUGAAAGAGCUAGUCGAGGUGGACGAUUUCCUUGCCAAUCUAUGGAAGAUUCAUCUUCAGGUCAAAGAGGAAGGCUAUGUUCAGGAUCUCUCUCUUGGUAUGUUUCGGUCAGACUACAUGCUUCACGUCCCAGACGAUAGCUCGUCCCCAUCCUUGAAGCAGGUCGAGUUCAACACGAUAUCAUCGUCUUUCGGCGGUCUCGCCGUCCGAGUUGGCGACCUGCACAGAGAACUUGCUACCUAUCCAGAUCCAACCCACUCAAUUUCAUACCCACCUCACCCACUCUUCAAUACAGCGACAUCUGCAAGCAUAACGUCUGGCGGCUAUCCACCGACCAAUGAAGCUGUCGACACUCUCGCCUCAGCUCUUAUCACAGCUCAUCAGUCAUACAGAGACUCCAGAACCUCACCACCAUUGCCUCAGUGUAUUCUCUUCCUAGUUCAAGACAACGAGCGCAACCUGUUCGACCAGAUGGCCCUGUCCCAGCAUAUACGCACCACUAAUCGCGAGAUACCGACCUUUCGUAUUCCGACCAGCAAAAUACUCAGCCAGACAUCUAUUCCAGCAAGCAGCGAGAACCCUUCCCGACCGCUGAUCUAUACUCAUCCAGCCAACCCGAAUGCUCGAUAUGAGGUUACGGUCGUCUAUUUUCGUGCCCUCUACGCACCAACAGAAUACGACACCCCCGCCGCCUGGGCAGCACGCCAUCAUCUCGAACGCAGUGCUGCCAUAAAAUGCCCGUCUAUACUCCUUCACCUCUCCGGCUCAAAGAAAGUCCAACAAGUUCUCACCUCAACUGACCCCUCCCACCUCGAACGCUUCCUUCCGAAGACGUCCAAAGAGACCCUCGACAGCCUCCGCGCCUCUUUCGCUCCACAAUACAGCAUGUCUGAAGGUCCUGACUCCGAGGGUGUUCGUAUCGCUCUCGACCCUGAUCUUGCCCAGAAACACGUUCUGAAGCCCCAGCGUGAAGGUGGCGGUAACAACAUCUACCGCUCCAAUAUCCCCACUUUCCUUAAGGGUAUCAGCGAAAAGGAAUACAAGCAGUAUAUUCUGAUGGAGCUCAUUCAACCGCCGAGUAAAGCCAGAAACGUAGCCCUGAGAAGCGACGGACAGAUUGUGAGCGGAGAUGUUAUCAGUGAGCUAGGCAUCUUUGGAACAUGUCUCUGGAGGAGUAAAGUUGGUAGUCAAGAGAAGAACAUCUUGCAGAAUCGAAUGGGUGGGUACUUGUUGAGGACGAAAGCCAGAGAUAGUGACGAAGGAGGUGUGGCGGCUGGAUUCAGUAGUCUCGAUAGCUUGAUCCUGUAUGAAGAGGCAGUGUGA